GCUUUCAUGAGCAGGGUCUCGGGGUUGAAUCCGCUGGCUUCAAAAGGCCAAAAGUCUCAACCCAAACACUCUCGGGAUGUCAUCUUGUUGGAGGAUUUACCUAAUUUGCACCACGAUGGCACUCUUCAUAGCUUUCAGCGGGUCGUCAUAGAUCAUCUUGAGAGAUCAGAAAUACCUAUAAUAUUGAUUAUCAGCGAUGUGGGAUUGCGUGGAGAACACAAGGAUGAAGAGGGAUGGCGGCGAUCCUCUUCGUCCACGAUUGACGCAUACAACAUACUUCCAAAGUCAACUCUUCAGGGACCUUUAGUCACAACAAUCAGAAAAGGACUCAAUUGGGUGUUGGAUCGUCACUUUGGAGAAAAGUCUGAAUAUAAACCCUCGAAAGCAAUGCUUGAUUCAAUUGUCGAAUCGGCAAAUGGCGAUAUACGCAUUGCACUGAUGGGCCUACAAUUUUGCUGUGCCGGAGAUGAUCCAAGCGAGUCGCAGAGCAAGAGCACGCGAGAACCCAACAUCACGGAUGGCGAGCUAGACGAACGUGAACCGCUACCUUCACAUCUCUCCCAGUUUCAACGCUCCAAGUCAUUGGUCAACCUGAACAACUACUACCAAUUCUGUGAAGAGGUCGAACAAUGUGAAACUAUCAUGGAUACGCUUAGUUUGAUUGAUGCGCUAGGAGACUCGUGGGACAACAGAAGGGAUAUUACUUCAGAAAAGUUUCAUAUAAUGGCUGGUGGCACUUUGAUGGGUUUACCGUCGCCCGUACCGCGGUUGAAUCAGAAAAUGUACAAACCUCAUUACUUCGAGUCCCUGAAAGAAUCACAACGAGUGGGCGCUUCUGUAAUUGAAGUAGCAGACUGGCUUGCUGGAAAUGGGAACAUAUGGUCACCUGAAGAGACGAAACUCUUGUUACCAAUAGCUCUCCGUCAUGCUAGCUGGAUCGACCACCGUUCGUUUUCAAAUCUACCGUGGAUUCGCGAGAAACGUCAUUCCGAGGUGGCUCUAGACGAAAACGACGUGUAUUCGGAGGAAGAAACGUCACAAACCGAAAUCCGAGGUCAAUCCGAUGAUAAAAAGAUCUUAGAGCCACCAAUACGGGGUGAUGACAAAUAUUGGCUACAGGAGGAUGAUAUUGGCGAAUUUUAUCUCUUGUGCACACACAAGAUGCCUCUAUCUUCGCCGUUGAACUUCCCCAAGUGGCUCUCUGAGAAUGGGGACUUGUUAAAGCCUCCUGUCAAUAAUUACUGUGUUUACUCAGGCCAGGACCACAUCGUCAUGGUUGUAGGAGGGCCUAAUGAACGCAAUGAUUAUCAUGUUAAUGAAACAGAAGUAUGGAGUCCGGCAGAACACUUCAUAAACCUGAUAUUUUCUCUAGGAAUGGUUCUACCAGCACAAGGGUCCAAUGUUACUCAAAGUGGUCGAUGA